AUGACAAUACAAUCUGCUCAUUUUCAUAGAAUAAUGAAACAAGUUCUUUCUCAUAACCUUUUGCCUGUUUCACUUUCUUCUUCUUUUGGAAAAAGUCAACGGGUAUUAGAAUUUUAUUCAUAUGGAGUAUUAAAAGAAAAAAUCACACACAAAAUAGUUCAGUCUUUUACAGUAUGUGAUCCUUGUUUCUUUACAGAAUUUAGGGAUGCAUGUAUGGCAGCACGAGAAGAUGUAUUUGAUGAGUUGUUAAAACCUUAUAUAUCCCCAAGAUGUGAGCGAGGAAAAUAUGUUAGUAUGAUUAUUGCUGAAUGUACUUUAGUAAUUCAGACAUGUAAUUCAAGUAAUAAAAAUACUUUAAAUUCAUUACAACAAUUUUUGGUGAAUUGUUUGUUUAUAUCAGGAUGUAAUAAUUAUUUUAAUUCUAAAUUUGUUGUUGCUUCUCCUGAUAGAAGUUUUAAACGUUCACAAUCUCCAGCUGUAUGGAAUUAUCAUUUAGAGCAAAUGUUUGCUUGA